AUGAAUCAGCUUCUACGAAAAUACGGGGUUCUCAUUGACCGGACAGACUGGACAGUCACUUGUACCUGUGAGAAAGACGGCCACAAGUGCAGCAACACUAUUGAUGGCAGUAAUAACACUUUCUGGGCCAGCUGUGACCAUGACUCCUCAUCUAUCACGGUCGAUCUGGGCCGUCCUGCAUACCAUGUCAGUGCUGUUGUCAUGUUACCACCGCAACUAGACGGGCAGGAGGGUCUCUUCCUCCACCAUAAGGUGUUCCUAAGCGAGAAUAACCAUAACUGGGGGGAACCGGUGGCUUACGGACUGUGGCCACGGGAGCCCAAGGAGAAGCUAUCUACCUUCGAACCCAAGCCGGCUCGAUAUGUGCGCCUUGUCGCUGAAAGUCAGGCCUGGGUUGGCAUCUCCGAGCUGAAUGUCUACGCCACACCGUAUGCUAUUCCUCCUGAUCCAACUCGCGGUAUUUGGGGUCCCACGAUUGAUUUCCCAAUUGUGCCUGUAGCCGGUGCAACUGAAGCAUCCGGUAUGAUCAUCCUCUGGUCAUCUUGGGCUCCAGAUCUUUACUUCUCGUCGCCGGGGGGGCAAACGGCUACGAGUCAAUGGCAUCCUUUCCAACAUACUGUCUCCCAACGGACUAUCUCUGAUACUCACCAUGAUAUGUUCUGUCCGGGGAUCUCCGUCGACGGCACCGGAAUGUUACUAGUCACGGGUGGGAAUGAUGCCGAGGAAACUAGUCUCUACAAUAUCACCACAGGCAAAUGGGAUACAGGCCCCAAGAUGCACUUUCGCCGCGGGUAUCAGUCCUCCGUCACUUUAUCCGACGGCCGAGUUUUCACAAUCGGAGGCUCCUGGAACGGCGGGUCCGUCACACCUAAGGACGGCGAGAUCUACGAUCCUAUAGCAAGGACAUGGACCAAGCUCCCAGGAGCCCGCGUCGACCCAAUGCUAACCGACGACAUGGAGGGAAGAUGGCGAUCGGACAACCACGGCUGGCUCUUCGGCUGGAAGAACCUAUCCAUCUUCCAAGCGGGACCCAGUAUCGCCAUGCACUGGUACUACGUCACAGAUGGAGGCAAUGUCACCGACGCUGGUCCCCGACUACACGACCAGGACUCCAUGUCCGGGAACGCAGUCAUGUUCGAUGCGGUAGCCGGUAAAAUCCUCACCUUCGGCGGCGCCCCAGACUACGAGAUGUCCUACGCCACCAAUCAUGCCCAUAUCAUCACAAUUGGCGACCCCGGCACCAUCCCCAAGGUCGAAGUCGCUGGACAAAACGGAGGAGGCAUGCAUUCCGCACGCGCCUUCGGGACCUCCGUCAUCCUCCCAGACGGCACGGUCUUCAUCACCGGUGGCCAGGGCUACAGCCUCGCGUUCAAUGAGCAAAAUACCAUGCUAACCCCGGAACUCUACUUCCCGCAUAACAAUACCUUCGUACAGCUCCAGACCAACAACAUCAUCCGCGUUUAUCACAGCUGGUCUCUCUUACUCCCUGACGCCACGGUACUCAACGGUGGCGGCGGCCUAUGUGGAAAUUGCUCGGCCAAUCACUACGACGCCCAGGUAUUCACACCCCCGUACCUUCUCACCAGCUCGGGGCAGCUUCGCACGAGACCCGAAAUUCUCACCAUCUCGCGUGAGACCGCCACCAUCGGCGACGAAAUCUUCAUCCGCACAAGGCCAAAGAUCGGUAGCGCCUCCUUGGUCCGCCUAGGUGGUGCAACUCAUACCGUUAAUACGGACCAGCGGCGUGUACCCCUCUUGCUUAAGCGAGUGACUCGUACAGAGUACAGCUUCACUAUCCCAAAUGACUCGGGCAUCGUGACGCCGGGUUACUGGAUGCUAUUCGUCAUGGAUGCAGAAGGCGUGCCUAGCGUAGCGAAGGUUAUUUUUAUCUCUGCUCGUAUAUUGAUUUAUUAA